AUAUGUAGUGUUCCUUUACUCUUUGGCAUAAAAUAUAACAAAAAAUAUCGUACUUCACUUCAUUCACGUCUUUUGGAAAGUGUCGUGUGGCAUCAAUGUGGAACUGUUAACAAUAUUUAUAAAUAAAACCUAAUUUAAUACCCUCCGCGAUGUCGGAACAUGUAUUACCGGCAGAAGAGCCGAUACGAUUCAUAGCACCCAUUAUACAAGAUAAUCCCACAGGAUGGGGACCUUGCGAAAUGCCGGAACAAUUUCGUGACAUGCCAUAUCAACCCUUUAGUAAAGGCGAUCGUUUAGGCAAAAUUAGUGAUUGGACUGUAGUGCAAGAUAAAAAAUAUCAAAAUAAGUAUGCCUCGCAAUUUGGCGCUGGCUCGUCUUACGCAUACUUCCAUGAUGAAGAUGAGAGCACUUUCCAUUUGGUGGACACUACUCGUGUCCAGAAACCUCCAUACCAACGUGGUCGUGCCCGUGGGCAGCGAGGACGCGGUGCCAGGGGUGCUCGUACCCCAGGUGGCAUGACAACAUUGAACAAGCAACGUGAUCGCAAAUUGGGCAAGCGAUGGGGCCAGAGAGGUGCUCCAAUGAAAAUCCGUGAUGCAUCUGUAACUGUUAGACCAGCUUGGGUCACUAUUGAAGAUAUGGACUUUCCUCGACUUGCAAAGCUUUCACUACCUGGAAUUAAAGAAGGUGAAGAUAUUGUGUGUUGUGGUACUUUAGAGUACUAUGACAAGGGUUACGACCGUGUUAAUGUCAAACAUGAGAAGUCUCUGCAGCGUAUUGAUAGGAUCUUCCAUACUGUGACAACUACUGACGACCCAGUAAUCCGGCGACUCAGCAAAACAAUUGGCACCGUGUAUGCCACUGAUGCCAUCCUAGCAACCAUCAUGUGCUGCACCCGCUCUAACUACUCAUGGGAUAUCGUCAUUGAAAAGAUUGGGGACAAGCUGUUCUUGGACAAAAGAGACAACACCGAAUUUGAUUUGCUCACUGUUAACGAGACCUCGGUGGAGCCCCCCGCUGAUGAUGGUAACUCCAUCAACUCUCCGCGCAACCUCGCGCUGGAGGCGACCUUCAUCAAUCAUAACUUCAGCCAGCAAGUGCUGAAAUCUGGGACCAAUGAAGCCAAAUACAAGUUCCCUGAGGCAAAUCCAUUUGUGUCUGAGGAGGAGGAGGGCGAAGUGGCUUCUGUUGGUUACCGCUACCGCAAGUGGAACCUCAACAAUGGUGUUGUACUAGUAGCUCGCUGCGAGCACGACGCUGUAAUGCAGGGACCGCAGAACGAGACCCAGUUCCUUACGAUUAAGGCUCUAAACGAAUGGGACUCGAAGUUGGCCAACGGCGUCGAGUGGCGCCAGAAGUUAGACACGCAGCGCGGUGCCGUACUCGCCAACGAACUGAGGAACAACUCCUGCAAGCUAGCCAAAUGGACUGUGCAGGCGCUUUUAGCGGGCUCGGACCAGCUGAAGUUCGGGUAUGUAUCGCGAACCCAAGUGCGUGAUAACGCACGUCACGUCAUACUCGGCACACAGCAGUUCAAGCCACACGAGUUCGCUGCGCAGAUCAACCUCUCUAUGGACAACGCAUGGGGUAUUCUGCGUUGUAUCAUCGACAUUUGUAUGAAGCAAAAGGAUGGUAAAUACCUCAUCAUGAAAGAUCCGAACAAGCCCCUUAUUCGUUUGUACGACAUUCCGGAUAACACGUUUGAAUCCGACGCGUCUGAAGAAAGUGGAGAUGAGCCAGCAGAUACCCCCUUUGCACCAUUGUACUCUUACGGAAACCCCAAGAGGAUUUAGUCGUUGGUUGUACACUCUACUUUGUAUGUUUAAUACGAUAUAUUUUAACGGUAAAAGAUUUUUUUCUGUUCUAUAAAUCGCUCCAUACUUAAGUGUACAUCGUAUAUUUAAAUGUGUUUUCGAUUAAUAUUUAGUGGAAUACAAUUAUAUUGUCACA